UGUCUUCUCUCUUUCUCUCCGUCAUCCUUCUUCUCUAAACAAAACCCGGAGCUCCGUAACAGAUACCGGGUGACCCAAUUACCCAGAUUCUUGCCCCGGAAUUUUGAAAACUUUUCCGGCUAUUCUCGUAUUUAAAAGCUCCUCUCGAGGAAGAGGAAUACUUGUGCUAUCUCUGGGACUUUUCGAUCUUUACCGGAGUAAUUUUGCUCCGACAGAGCAGAACAGAGACUAUCUUCAGAUUUUGAUUUGAAUUCACUCCAAGAAGACGUUGUGAUUCAGGGUUUAAAAGGCAGAGGAACAUAAAAAAGAGUGCAAAGAUGUUUACUUGCAUAAAUUGUACAAAGAUGGCAGACAGAGGUGAGGAUGAAGAAGACGAAGCGCGUGGGAGCACCACUCCCAACACUAAAGAAGCCGUUAAAAGCCUAACUACACAGAUCAAAGACAUGGCGUCGAAAUUCUCAGGUACUCAUAAACAAAGCAAGCCAACUCCGGGCUCUUCGAGCAGCAACUUGAGGAAGUUUCCGGAUUUUGACACUGCAUCAGAAAGUGUUCCAUACCCUUAUCCGGGUGGAAGCACGAGUUCCACUCCGGCUUGGGACUUACCAAGAUCCUCAUACCAUCAAUCUGGACGGCCAGACUCAAGAUUUACAUCAAUGUAUGGCGGUGAACGUGAAUCCAUCUCUGCUCAGUCGUGUGAUGUGGUACUAGAGGAUGACGAGCCAAAGGAGUGGAUGGCUCAAGUAGAGCCCGGUGUUCAUAUCACAUUCGUCUCACUUCCCACUGGAGGAAAUGAUCUUAAACGGAUACGUUUCAGCCGGGAGGUUUUUGACAAGUGGCAGGCUCAGAGAUGGUGGGGUGAGAACUACGACAGAAUUGUUGAGCUUUACAAUGUUCAAAGAUUUAACCGACAAGCUCUUCAAACUCCUGGUAGAUCCGAGGACCAGUCGCAGAGAGAUUCAACUUACACGAGAAUUGAUUCAGCAAGAGAAAGCAGAGACUGGACACAAAGAGACAACAACUUCAGACCACCAGGAGGCAGUGUCCCACAUCACUUUUAUGGACCUCCAAUGGACGCAGCAAGAAUCACCACCUCAUCGAGGGACGAUCCGCCUUCCAUGAGUAAUGCUAGUGAAAUGCAAGCUGAGUGGGUUGAAGAGGACGAGCCUGGUGUCUACAUUACCAUCAGACAGUUACCAGAUGGAACCAGAGAACUACGCCGCGUCAGGUUCAGGCCGUGGAUUUUACCGGACCAGCAUUGCUUUGUUAAAUCUCAAACACACGUGAUCGCCACUACCUCCGGAAAAACCUCCAACCUCGUCUUCUCCCCGGCGUUAAUCAACGUCAUCCUCAGUUUUAUCGCCGCCAGAUCUCCCGGAGCCACCGCAAACCAGAUUGUCUCUUUACUUCAGGCUUCUUCAACCGAUGAGCUUAACGCUGUCUCCUCCGGGAUCGUCACCACCAUCCUCGCCGACAGCACCGCGAGUGGCGGCCCGACGAUAUCUGCAGCGAAUGGCGUCUGGAUCGAAAAGACUCUCUCUGUGGAACCUUCUUUCAAGGAUCUCUUGCUGAAUUCGUAUAAAGCUGCUUUCAACCAAGUUGACUUCCUCACCAAGGCUGAUGAAGUGACUAAAGAGGUGAAUUCAUGGGUUGAAGAGCAGACAAAUGGACUCAUCACUAAUCUUCUUCCACCAAACUCUGCUUCUGCUUUAACUGAUUACAUAUUUGCUAAUGCCUUGUUCUUCAACGGAAGAUGGGAUAGUCAAUUCAAUCCAUCGCUAACUGAAGACUGCGAUUUUCACCUUCUUGAUGGAACCAAAGCUCGAGUCCCCUUCAUGACUGGUGCCCACAAAAACAGUCUCUAUGUUUACGAAGGUUUCAAAGUCCUCAAUCUACCGUACAGAGGAGGACGCAAUGACUGUCGUAGUUUCUCAAUGCAAAUCUAUCUCCCUGAUGAGAAAGAUGGGUUGCCUUCAAUGCUAGAGAGCUUAGCUUCUACUCGUGGAUUCUUGAAGGACAACGAGGUCCUUCCUAGCGAGCGGGCGCGUGUCAAAGAACUCAAGAUUCCAAGGUUUAAAUUUGCUUUUGAUUUCGAAGCCUCGGAAGCUCUCAAGGGUUUGGGUUUGGAGGUGCCAUUGUCUACGAUCGUCCACAAGUCUUGUAUCGAGGUAGAUGAAGUGGGAUCGAAAGCUGCAGCUGCUGCCGCAUUAAGAGGUGCUGGAGGUUGUUAUAUUCCGCCAAAGAAAUAUGACUUCGUGGCUGAUCAUCCCUUUCUCUUCAUCGUCAAAGAGUACCGAACCGGACUAGUUUUGUUUCUUGGUCAUGUCAUGGAUCCUUCUAAGCAUUAAUUUGAUGUCCAAAGUUUCGGUACUUUGGGAUAAAUUUUAUGACUUUCUUGACGUAGUUGAACUUUUAUGCCCACUGGUUUUAAAUUUGGAAGGAAAUUUGAUUUUGAGAUUUUUAGUUAGCUAGUUCUCGGUGUUUUGAAUAAAAGUUGUGUUGCGUG